AUGAAUGACGAAAUUUACGACGAUAAUAUUAUCAAAGAUGAAGAAAAUAUUAUCAGCUUUAAAUUCAAGAGCAAUUCUAUGCUAGAAACAAUAGUAGAAUGUCCUGUUACUGAAGAAAAUGCAGAUGUCACUCAAAAAACCAAAUCUUAUGAUGAUAUUUCAGCAAGCAAAGAUUUCGCUUAUCCCAUGAUUGAUAAGUCUAGACCUGUUAUCGAAUAAUCGAAAAAAGAACAAUUGCCCCAAUAUCGCAUAUAGAAUUCGACAACUGGUUCAUUUGAUUCUGGUGCUUAAAAAAACAUGACUUUAAGAACUGCUAAGAAGUCUGUAACUUAUCAAGAUUACAGUUUGUCUUAGUAAUAUGGAAGUUCUAGCAAUCUUGGGAAAAUUGAAGAAUAUCAGAGAACAAUAACUCUUGAGAGGAAUACGGAUCUUGGUUUUACUUUGUCAUUCUAUUUAUAAACCUACUUAUUGGUUGGUAUUCAAGUUCAUUAAUUCUCAGUCUUAGAUGCCAUUACCCUUCGCUUAAGUAAAGCCUCGUAAGGAUUCUUUUUACUCUAUCAGAAAUUAUUUGAGGUUGACUACUUCAAUUAGGUUGCUUAUGUCACCCUCGCAGCUGUUAUAUUCAUAUUUGCCCUUCUACUUUAGCUCAAGAUAAAUUUCAACAUUUUCAUCAAAAUUUCUAUAAUCAGCUUGAUUGCUUUUAUGAUCUUUCUGAUACUUUUUAUUAUCCAAACUGUUAUCCGUGUUGUUAAUGGUAGCUUUACUAAUAAUGAACCAUUAUCUACAAUAGAGUAAAGAUUUGAUUAUAAAGAUUAGGUGUUGAUUAUCAUAAAGCAGUUCCUCCAAGGAUUGCUGUUACUUCACAUUGCCCUUGAACAGCUGUUUAUUCUUGUUGAUGAAAUACAUAGAGAAUCUCUAACAAAGCAUGUCAAUAGAAUGAACAAAGGAAAAUCAGCUUCAAUUCAGGCUCAGUACGACACAUUUUUUAAUAGAGAAUAUUAAGAUGCUUCUUCAUCAUUUAACCCGACUAAAGUUGAAGAUUUUUUCAAAGAAAAAUUAUACUCUCUAGAUUCACCAUUAAAAGCAAAAUAUUGGAUGGCCUAUAUGGAGAUGGAAAAAAAGCACAGAAUUCUAUUAGCGAUACUUCUGAUGAUUAUAGAUUUGAUGUUUAUAAUUUUUCAAAAAUUGAAACUUAGCACAAGGCUCAUUGCGUUUUAUGAAAUGAAGAGCAGGGUAAAUAGAAGCGGAUAGAUGGCUUACAUGUUCGUUAUUUUCGGAGUUAUCCUGAUGUUUAUUAAUUGCGUUUGUGUGUUAUAUAAUAUGACUUUUGCUGUUAACUAUGAAUCAGAUUGA